CACAGUAUGGCGUGCUGAGGGCUGGGCCGGGCGGUGCGCGGCGGAUGGGAGGGACCCGGCCGCUCUCUUCACCACCCUGAGACCUGCCAGCGAGCGCAGGAUGUACAACUAUAAACCAGUUUGUAAGAUAGGAGAGGGAACAUUUUCUGAUGUUCUGAAGACACUGAGUCUUAGGGAUGCAAAGUACUAUGCAUGUAAACGCAUGAAGCAACCAUUUCAAAGUAUGAAACAAGUGAAUGAUCUGAGAGAAGUACAAGCAUUAAGAAGGCUGAAUCCUCAUCCUCAUAUCAUUACAUUGCAUGAAGUUAUUUUUGAUAAAAAAGAUGGCACCCUUUCACUGAUCUGUGAACUUAUGGACCUGAGUAUUUAUGAGCUGAUAAAAGGAAGGACAAAACCAUUACCUGAAAAAAAACUUAAGAACUACAUGUACCAGUUAUGCAAAUCUCUUGAUUACAUACAUAGAAAUGGGAUAUUUCACAGGGAUGUGAAACCAGAAAACAUAUUAAUAAAGAAGAACACCCUGAAGUUGGGAGACUUUGGAUCUUGUACAAAUAUCUAUUCUAAGCAGCCCCAUACAGACUAUGUCUGCACACGCUGGUACCAAGCACCCGAAUGUUUGCUUACAAAUGGCUACUACAGUUACAAAAUGGAUGUUUGGAGUGCUGGCUGUGUUUUCUAUGAAAUGGCAAGUUUUCAGCCUCUCUUUCCUGGAUAUAAUGAGCUGGACCAAAUUUCAAAAAUCCAUGACAUUUUAGGCACUCCUGCUAGCAAAACUCUCCUCAAGUUCAAGCAGUCAAGAAUUGCCAGUUUUGAUUUCCCCAUUAAAAAAGGAAAAGGAGUACCUCCUCAUGUGCACAAUUUGUCUGCCAAAGGCUUCUCUCUCCUGUAUGCAAUGCUAAAAUAUGACCCUGAUGAGAGAAUUGCUGCCCAUCAAGCAUUACAGCACCCUUAUUUUCAAGAACUCUGGGGAGCUGAUGCACAACCUUUGGCCUUGCACAAAAAAUUAAGAUUACUUGGAAAUAAAUCAGGGUCGGUACCUCUGCAUUUGUUGCAAGUUUCAAAGGGAAGUCAAAGACAGCAUUAUCUUGGGCGAGUCCAGGAAAAAACAAAACAACAUGGAGCUUCUGGUGCAGAAUUACCAAAAAUCAAUAAUUCUGCAGUAGCCUCAUUGCCUUCCUGCUCUACUCCUACAUUGCAUUCUGUUUUCCAGCCACCUAAGGAAAAUGGUGAAGCCUCCAUGUUGCAGUCCCUUAGAUUUUUUGGAUCAAACAUCAAGUCUGAGAAACAGAAGGCACUUAAGUCUUCCCUGAACCAUUUCCACUUACCUGCUAUAGAACCAAGAGGAGGAGGUUACCGACCACCUUGUAAAGCACCGGAGUGUGAGAAAACACACGGCCAUGCAGGGAGAGACCCACUCGUGCUGCCCUUGCCAGAGAUCUCCCCAGCUCAGCAGCACCUUGUUCUGUGUUUCUCUGACAAUCUGUAGGCAAAGCCCACCAGCUUAUGGAGGGCUGCUCACCUACCAUUGUGGUGUUCUGUUCCCCAAGGGUAUCAGUAUUGAAUUAAAGCUUUGUUCUGGCAGAGCUCAGAGAGCACUCUGUAUUGAACUUACUAAGUAUUUUUUCCUUUUAGAACCUGAUGGAGGAGGAGGUUGGUUAAAAAUAACAUGAAAGGAUUCUUUGAGCUUCAGUAUUAGUAAGGGAAUGUGAGAUACAAAAUAUACAUUUUCAUACUGUGUUAGAAAUGAGAGCUAACCUUGGUGAUUUUUUUUUAAAUGUAAAAAAUAUCUUUCAGUCAACUCGGGAGUGUAUUCACCUCCUAUAUUUAAUAACUUCAACCUCAAGUUUUAGUGAGAAAGUGCAGGUAGUGCAAUCACUUGAGAGACUUCAUUUUGAUGCAGUUUCUGUAACUGCCAAAUAUUUUAGUAACUAAAAUCUAGCUAAAAGCUGAAGUGACUUUUUAUCUUAUUCAAAAGCAAAUGAAAUUUAGUCAAUAGUUUUCUUCAUGCCAUUGAUCUUCAUCAAAAGUUUUAACAGUGACAUUGCUAGUUGCUUACAAGAGCAGUAAAGGAAUCUGUCUUACUGUGCUUCAGAAAUUUUGCACACAGAUCAUCAGUAACAAUUCAGUGUUACUGUUUCCUAGUACCAUAAAAGGCAAGAGUUAACAGGCCUUUAGUUGGAAAGAGUAGUUCUUGCAAUUUGAUACCAUUGAUUUUAAAACUCCUGAGAGCUCUAAAAGAAAUUGCAAUCACUAAUUUACAGUACUGAAAUUUGAUGAUGUGCUGCAAAACAGUUUUGCUAUUUGAAAAAAAAAAAGUUUGUGCAAGUCAUUCUUGGCUGGGAGUUUAAAAAUCUUCUGCUUACCAAGUGUGCAUGAAGGAGGUUUUGCAAAUAACAUUUUUUUGGGUUUUUUAAUAGUUCUAAAAGAUACUCUGCUCACAGUUGGGAAAUUAUCCACUUUUUCACCCGUCUGCCUGAACCAAACACCUGUGGGGCUGCUGUGCUACAACAAAGUGAAACCCGAGCAGUGGGCGCUAGAGGCAGGCAAGGCAGCUGUUGCGUUGGAAGGCUCCGCUGCCGCUGGGGCGCUGUGGAACGGGGCACUGGGAAGCAGAGCACAGGGGGGUUACUCAACCAACCCUUGAGCAGCAAUUUGAGAUGGAUGCCCAAAGUAGCUAUUCCAAUCACGUAAGAUGCAGCUCAGAGCAGUAAAAUACACCUUAACAUAAAGCUUUUAUAAAAAUACUACUUACCUAGAGUAAGUGAUGGCCAUUAUGCUCUCAGCUCUUCUGCUGACGUUUUAACAGGGUAUGCAUUUGUGAUAAUAACAAUUGUUCUCACUCAAUUACAGGUUUUCCAGGUGGCUUUUUUGUUGUGGUUUCUGUUGGUUGGUUGCUCAACACUGGCUGGAUUCUGUUGUAACUGCUUCAGAUCCUGUUCCCUCUUUUGUCAUUCAGCUUCCAGAUAACUUUGAACAUGCCCAAAUUCCUCACUGUAACUUUUCAGUGUUGGGAAGCUCGUGAGACUCAAGUCCCUUAUGAGUCUUUUUAAGUUCUACUGCUUACAAACACCUAUCUAAUGUUGCUCUCCACGUUUUGAAGAAGGUAUUGUUUUCAUACACAGGGCUGAGGUUCAACGACAGGUAGUAGCAGAUAUUCUAAGAUGUGAAAAUAUCAGCAGGCUAAAAUGUUUGUAGUGCAUACUGUGGGAGUAAUUUUUUGCUAUUUAUUCCAAUUUGACUAUGCAAGUUGUAGAUCUUGCACCUGCAUCAUGGCCUGCUGUGCCUUUGCUCAUUUAAUUCCAGUUCUUCAUAAUGAACUUUCAGAAUCUCAAUUGCAAGAAUGGAAAAACAUCCCAGCACUGGCAAGAAUUCUUGUAAAAUAAGGGUAUAGUACAUGAACAAGGCUCAGCAGGGAACCCAGUAUUGCUGCUACCCACCCCAGGUAUGCCACAGAAGUGGCAGAUUUCUCUUACUAAGACUGAACAAAUAUAUUACCAGAGUUUUAGUGGGAGAAGUGCUGUAUACCAGUAGAGUGAGAACAUUACAGUAAAGGGGGAAUUAAACAGCAGAACAUAUCAGGAUAGCUAACUGCUCUUUCUCAUUUUAUUGCAACACAUACUGGAUGGUUGCUGUCUUUCCUCCAAUUCAAAGCAGAAAAUAUGCUCCUGACCAUGGUAUCUUGAUGUGCAGAGGGGUAAAUGAAGACUGGCUGUUGUACUGCUUUGUUACAGUUAAUCAUCUCCCUACUUUCCUGUUGGCAGCUCAUACUGAUAGAACUGAUGGACAACUUCAGUAGGAAUGCAGUACAGUUUUGGUUUGAGUAACUAUAUUGAGGGCUGCAGGAGUAUAUAUGAAAGAAAGGUGUGAUGCUAAGCUUAGGAAAUGGAAUUAAGGCCUGCAGGUGUACAGGCAACAGUGACCUCUGGCUUCUUUGGAACUCUGAGCUGAAGGUGUCAGGAGCUUAACCAGGUGGGUUCUUUUUGUCCAGAGAAGAUGAUGAGUUGGGCAUCGUGUGCAGCAGUAAAAAUGAUGGUCUAAAAACAGGUAACUUACUGUGUCUGAGGGAUCUUGCUCUCCAGUUAUUAAUUUCUUACAAGAUUAAAAAAAAACUACUACCCAUAUUUGGCUGAUCAUUCAGACUCAGAGCUCUCUUACCUAGCAUCAUGCAGUAGGCAAAGGCUCAUAUUAUCAGGAGUAUGUUCCUGAUGGAGAUAUGCUAAUUGUAUUGGUCACUUCCCAUAAUCUUAUUCUGGAAACCUCAAACCACAGAUGCUGAAGUUUAAAUAUUUCAACAACAAUACAUUCCCCUCAAAUCCUGUGUGCACAAGAUACUUUUCUUUCAGAUGUGUUGGUUUCUGUAAUUAAUAUCAGGCAGGUAAUUACCCACACACUGGGAAAAGAGUUUUGUUUGUGGGUUUUUUUGAAAGAGAUUAAAAAAAUCAGACUUUUUGUUAAGUUUUAACUUGAGGAGAAAAGGCUAUCAGAGUAAUAUCUUGUACAUUACCAGCAAUUCUCUCUAACAUACUCUUAUCUCUGGGGCUGUCAUAAUGAAAAAGGCAAUUUCAUAUUCAGCAGAUAGUUUUUGCUAUGAAAACUGUGCAUUUCAAGUGCAGGACCAUAAUGGAAUGUUUUCUUCAUUUAUUUUACACUUUCAGGUGGAUCUUACACAGUCUGGCACAUACACUGCUUCACAGGUAUUUAUUUUAUAACCAGUUUGUUGCUGUUAAACCUCUGGAGACAACUUAUACUUCUCUGGCUGUGGGAUUAGUAGGCAAACCUCAGUUUUUCCCACCUCCUUUGUGUUUAAAAUAUACCCAGCUUUGAACUGCAAACUGUAUUGUUUCUACCCUCAUUUUUCCAGCUAAAAUUUCAUUUUUAUAUGAUCCACUUUUCCCUACUUUGUUAAAAAAAAACCCACAUUAUUUAUUAAGAGCUGCUUCUAUAGUAGAACUCUAAUUUCUUUCCAGGUAAGUUAUUAGUAUCCCUUUUCUGCCUGAAAUGUUUAUUUUCUCUAUGGAAUAAAGGCUGGGAUGGGAAGUACAACCUUCUAGAUGAUUGUCUAGUAGUAAAGGAGAGGCUGAAAAAAGAAAACCCACGUACACUCCUUGUGUGCUG